AACCCACUGAAUCAAUCACUAAACCACACAGUCAUUCCUCCGUAGUCCCAGAGCAAUAAACUCCAGAAAUUCAGAGCAGAACGCAGUAAGUUUAACUGCAAUUUCCAAGCAAAAUGUUCCCUACAAUUUUCUAAAUCUUAAAUCAGCUCAAUUCAAGGCUGAUGAACUUGUAAAUUCCAAUUUCCGACUAAAGCGAUAAAUUCUAUAGCACCAGCAUAAACAACCAAAAUGAAAGUAAGAAGCAGCCCAUCAAUGGCUGACACGGCUGCCGCAACCACCACCACAACCAACACCUUCGCUACCGCCACCAACGCCAAAGACAUCGAGAAGCUUUGAAGCAGACCCGACACCGAAAGCACCUUCAAUUCUUUUUUGUUCGUGUUCACUCACCUCAAACAACCCCAAAAAAUUUCGCAUAAACACAACUUUUGCAAGAAAAAUCUGGAAUUUUCUCCAUGCAAGAAAAAGUUAGUGUUUGUAACUGGAGAUGGAGCAAGGAAGAAGGUGAUAUUUUUUGUAAUUAUAAUGUGGUUUCAUUGGUUGGUUUAAUUGUAUCCUGGCCGGCAUAUUAGCACCUAAUUGGUUGGUUUCAUUAUUCAAGAAUUGAUUUUAGCGUAUGCUACUUCGCUCACAUUCGAGCCGACACUAUCAAUGGCGUUGCGGACAUUUGCUAGGAAUACGCGCUCUAGGCUUUUGCCUCUGCUCUCUUCCACUUCUCGUCUGCAUUCUCAUGCUACUAGCUUCGGUUUCAAGGAGGUGCCUGAGGAGGAGAAAAGUCAGAUGGUUGGAAAUGUCUUUACAAGUGUUGCAUCAAACUAUGAUUUAAUGAAUGACUUAAUGAGUGCUGGCCUACAUCGGUUAUGGAAGGAUAGAUUGGUAGAAGAAUUGAAUCCAUUCCCUGGAAUGAAGCAUCUUGAUGUGGCUGGUGGGACAGGUGAUGUUGCUUUCAGGGUUCUGGAAUCAAUUAAGCGCAGAUCAUUGCAAGGUGUAUCUGAAGAUUAUCUACAGGAAGAAACUAAUAUAUAUGUUUGUGAUAUCAACCCAAAUAUGUUAGAUGUUGGUAAAAAGAGGGCUUUGGAAAGAGGUCUUAAAGAAGAUAGGUCUCUAGUAUGGGUGGAAGGAGAUGCAGAAGCAUUGAAGUUUGAAGAUAAUUCAAUGGACGGAUACACUAUUGCAUUUGGGAUCAGAAAUGUCACCCACAUAGAGAAAACUCUAGCAGAAGCAUAUAGGGUACUCAAACGUGGAGGGCGAUUUCUUUGUCUUGAAUUGAGCCACGUAGAAGCUCCUUUUUUCAAGCAAUUGUACGAUCACUACUCAUUUUCCGUCAUUCCAUCUGUUGGAGAGCUAGUUACAGGAGAUAGAGAGUCUUACAAAUAUCUGGUUGAAAGUAUUCGUCGCUUCCCUUCCCAGGACAAAUUUGCAUCAAUGAUAGCAGAAGCAGGUUUUCAGAAGGUAGAAUAUGAGAAUUUAGUUGGCGGAGUGGUUGCCAUCCAUUCAGGGAUGAAAAUCUAGGCUGGUAACAAUGCAGUUCGAAAUAACUUUGGCGCGUAGUAGAGAAUCCAGAACCCAAAAUUGCACUAAAUACUAUACUUGAAGGCCAGAGGCCCGAAGCCAUGCUUCAGAGCUUCUGUUAAACAUACCAGGUGGAAGGAGCAUCAAGGUGAGACAGAAAAAUUACCGCAAUGGAGCUCAUUAGAAAAUUGACUACGAGACCAGUCUGCUUAAUAAUGUUGCAGUUGCCAAAGUUCUAUCUUUUUUUUUAUCAGAAUUUGAACCCUUUUUCAAGCACAGUAGCUGAUUGUUCUUCUGUUUGAGCUUAAGUUAAUGGAUCCUACAAUGAUGACGACUUGCUAACCCUCAAAAAAUAAAAAUAAAAGAUGACGUCUUACCAACCUUAAUUAAAUAAAAUAAAGUGAUGAUAUUAUUGCAUAAUCUGUGUGCUAUAUUGCUCAUAUAAUGUAAGUUGUAAUACUAAAUAUUAGUCAACAUGACUUUCAAGUCCUUCACAUCA